UUUUUUUUUUUUUUUUUUUUGCUGGUGGGGAUGACUCGUCACGUGCAUACCGGAGACGCGGAGGCGCGAGAGCCUCUCCUCAGCAGUGCCUACCUGAAGCCAAACGAGCUGGACUCAGAUGAAGGUGAAGUAAUUUUCGAAAGGAGUGUAUCAAACACCACCAGUGACGCUGGUGAUGCUCCACAUAGAAGAUUAACAUAUGAGGAAGCAGUGGAGAAAGCAGGUUUUGGUUUGUUCCACUGGCUGCUGCUGGUGGUGUGUGGUUGGGCCAAUGCCAGCGACGCCGUGGAGAUUCUCUGUGUGUCUUUUCUGCUGCCAACAGCACGCUGUGAUCUGCUGCUGAGCUCUUCAGACAUGGGCCUGCUCACUGCCAGCAUCUUCCUCGGAAUGAUGGUGGGUGGUUACAUGUGGGGAUACUUGGCUGACCAGAGAGGGCGUCGCAGGGUCUUGAUUGUGUCCCUGACAAUUAACGGGUUGUUUGGAGGUCUGGCCAGCGUGGCGCCUUGGUUCUGGCUUAUCCUGCUGCUGCGGUUCAUCAGCGGCAUCGGUGUUGGCGGGUCGAUCCCAGUUAUCUUCUCCUACUUCUCAGAGUUUAUGCCCCGUCUGAGGAGAGGUGCAAUGAUCAGUGCUCUGGCCACCUUCUGGAUGGCAGGAAACAUCCUGGCUGCAGGUCUUGCCUGGCUGGUGAUUCCAAGAACCUGGGCACAUUUUUCACUGGGAUCACUGGAGUUUCAGAGCUGGAGACUGUUCGUGGUGCUGUGCUCUGUUCCCAGCCUCACGUCAGCCAUUCUCUUCAAGCUGCUCAUGCCUGAAAGCCCCAAGUUCCUCAUGGAGGCUGGCCGAGAGACAGAGGCGAUCCACGUCUUCCAAGUGAUGUUUAAGCUGAACACAUGGAGGAAGGGAAAGGAUUUACCGGAAUUUGGUUUGUGCACCAGCUCAAAGCAAAAAGGGGAAGUGGAGGAGACCAGAGGUCGUGGUUCACGUGGAGGGAGACUCGCCAGUAUUUUGAAAAAGGCCUUGGUGCCCAUUAAACAGAUGUUUCGUGGAUCGCUCAAAUGCAGGAGCAUUUCUCUGCUCAUCAUCUUCUACUGCAUCUCCUUCGGGUACUACGGUCUGUGGAUGUGGUUCCCGGAGCUCUUUAAGAGAAUUGAGGACGGUGGUUCUCCCUGUGCCAACGGGUCCGUGACGUCUCCUCUCCACGACCAAAGCUGCUACCCAGUGAAGACGGCAGUGUACAUGGAGGGCUUCAUCAUUGCCGCAGCAAACCUACCAGGAAACAUCUUCACCAUUCUUAUGAUGGACAGCGCUGGAGGAAAAGCUCUGCUGUCCUUCAGCCUGGUGGUGUCCAGUCUCAGCGUCUUCCUCAUUUAUGUGGUCCAAACCAAAGUCCAGAGUCUGAUCCUGUCUUGCGUCUUCAGCGGCGUGUCAGUGAUUGCCUGGAACGCCUUGGACGUGAUUGGAACAGAGCUCUACCCGACGCAGCUACGGUCCUCUGCUCUCGGUUUUUUCACCGGCGUGGGCCGAGUGGCAGCCAUCACGGGUAACAUCACCUUUGGAAAGCUGGUGGACACAAACUGCGCCGUGCCAGUGCUGCUGGUGUCGGCUCUCCUGCUGACCGGAGGACUCGUGGCUCUCCUGCUCCCACAAACCAGGCAGACUGAGCUCACCUGACGGCUCAGACUCUACAUCACAUUAUUUUAUAUGAAUAAAUUAUUAGCAAACGUCGUCUUAAUGUCCUUGUGGAAGCAGACUGGAGGAUGGAAUGCCUUUGUUCUCUGAUUGUUUAUCUCCUGUUUCUGCUCCCAGAGGAUGGUUCUGUGCCUUCUGUCAUCGCUCUGUGCCUUUUUAUGUUGCCUCGUUUAAAAUGCCAAAAAUAAUAGAAACUGUCAAAAGACGGUGGGGACAGUAUUCAGGGGAGUGAGUCAGGAGAAAAAGAAAUGCAGGUUUACAACAGUGUCUAUAUUGUGAGCUCGUGAGGAUCAAAAUUCUUACCAGAUGUGAGUCAGUGUGAAGGAUGCCUUUAGAAAGUGUGUCAGUCUCUAAACUUAUCUCCUAACUUAUCUUAUAUGUUGAACAUGAUUAUGGAAGUAUGAGUGAUUGCUUAAGGAGGUUACUAUGGGCAUUAUUUAAUGAACAAUAAUGUCUUGAUGGAUGUUUCAAGCUUCUACAUCGUUACUACUCCAGAGUUUUACCAUGAGUGAAAGAUACGUCUGAAGGAAAACACACACUCCACAUUUCAUUUUACAUGUAUGCAUACAGUACACCUUUAGAGGAACUCAGGAUCUUUUUAGCUGCUAACGUUAAUCAUUCUUUGCCCAAUCUGUGACUUUAUUUGCACAAACUGGACCAAACCAGUUCAACAUUCCUGUGAAAACCAAAGACUAAACAUAACUUCAGAUCACAAUCAAACAGAUUAACAAACCUUUAUAUCAGCCUGAGUCGCUGCAUUGUUUAUGGGCUCAUAUUCCCAGCAGGGAAUCAUUAAAGCUGUCUGUACUUUGUGACUGCUGAAGCUUUUUCUUUUUUAAUAAACAAUUUUCAACUUUU